GAUCAAGGGCGAGUCGCAUUGAGUCAGAGUGGGAACUCCCAGAGAGAGAGAGAGAGAGAGAGAGAGAGGAGGAAGACGACGCUCACAGACGUCCAGACGCUCACACAUGCUGGUCAGAACACGCUGUGACAUCACUGUGACAUCAUGAGCUCCCCCGCCGGCCACACGGAGGACGCAGAGGACAGGGCUCCUGUAGGGGCCUCGGGCCUUGGCAACAUCCAGGACAUGGAGCUGAGGGAGGAGUGGCAGGACGACGGCUUCCCGCGGCCUCUCCCAGAGGAUUGUGGGAGUCCAGAGGAGGUGGAGAGCCCGUCAAGUGGUGAGCAGCGACCAGCCCCACCCGACAGCCUCGCCCUGUCAGGAACAGUUGGGGGCGGGACUAAGAAGCGCCUUACGGCUCCGACUCUCAGUCUCACUCUGGGCCACAGAGACUCUCGUGACCCGAGCAGUGACGGCCUCUCUGCCGCCGCACUGUCGGCGACGCCGGAUGAAACGCCGUCACUUGACAUCAACCUGGAGGCGCUGGAGACACCAUCAGGCAGUGAGACAGGAACACUGCCAGACAGCGUGCACGAGCUGGAGUGGGAGGAUGACCUCCCCCGAAUGGCGAGAGGUGGGGCCGGGGCCAUGGCCAGGAGCCCAGUGGAGCAGUCGGAGGGUCUGAUGGAGCUGGACCAGGUGGACAGCAGGGGGCGCCGCUGGAGGAAGUUCUGUAUCUCGGGGCACGAAUAUCACGUCAACAUGAGCGUCCUGGAGCCGUACCUGCAGGUCCUGUCACACGGAGGUUACUAUGGAGAUGAGAUGAACGCCAUCAUCCUGUUCACCUCUUGCUACCUGCCGGAAAACACGGUGGAGGACUACGAGUACGUCAUGGAGAACCUGUUCAGGUACAUUGUGGGGACGUUGGACCUGAUGGUUUCAGAGAACUACCUGCUGGUCUACCUGUGUGCCAUGGCUCCCAGAAACAAACUGCCGGCCAUCAAAUGGCUCCACCAGUGCUACACCUCCAUCGACAGGAGGCUGAAGAAGGACCUGAAGGGACUGCUGGUCGUCCAUCCUGCCUGGUACAUCAAAGCCCUCAUCACUGUGGUCAAACCCUUCAUCAGUGAGAAGUUCAGCAGGAAGAUUCGGUUCAUCCAGAGUCUGCAGGAGCUGUCACAGUUCAUCCCCACAGACAGACUGCAGAUCCCAGACGCAAUACGCCAGUUCGAUGAGAAGUUGAACAGAUGACGAUCACAGUCUCAGACUAGAUGGAUCAUAAUGGUCCAAGGUCACCAGGAGCUCCAGGAGCCUCUCAGCCUGAUGACCAUUGACCUCCUUCCUGUACAGAAAAAAGCUUAUUUAUACUGUCUGUCUUUGAAUUGGGGGGGGGGGACUCAUUUCUGCUCCAAAUGGAUUUUAGUUUUAUUGCAGUCCUGAUAGUCCAGUUCCUGCUGGGACUCGUGUUCCUGUCAGGUUCCACACAUUCAACUGUGUCUACCUGUGUCUACCUGAGUCUACCUGAGUCUACCUGAGUCUACCUGUGUCUACCUGUGUCUACCUGUGUCUACCUGUGUCUACCAUAGUGUACCUGUGUCUGCCUGUGUCUACCUGUGUCUACCUGAGUGUACCUGUGUCUACCUGUAACAGGACAGGUAGAUGGAGCUCUGGAGCUAGUCUGAGGUCUGAAGCUGCUGUAGAGCACCAUGUUAAUGUCUGAUACGAGUGGGGAUCCAGAGUUGAAUCAUGUAAAUAAGGUGGAAGCACUUUCCUGUAAAAUCCUGGAGUUUGGGUUUGUUGUUGUCCACCAUUUGUAGUCUGUUUGAUCUGAGCAGCUGAACACAGUAACAGCACAUUAGUAAGUGUUUUACCUGUCGCACUAAUGCACCUGUAAUAAAAGCAUGGAUCAAACCUUCUUAACAAAAUCA